GCCGCGGCGGACGGGGGCGAAGACGAAGGCCUGGGCGUGACCAACUUGCACCGGGUCUUCGCCAAGCUGGUGCCCCAGCGCGAGGACGUCCCCAGGACCGAUGCAAGGGGCGACCACGUAGUGGCGAGCUUCUGGGAGGACACCCAGAUCGCGAUCGCGCUCGAAGCGAGUGCCCAGCACUACAAGCGCGAGGGGCAGCGAGCGCAGGAAGAGGGCGAGCGGCCCGACGCUUACCUGGAGGUGCUUCUCUUCCGCCCCAACGUUGCCGCGGCGCUCAAGAGCGCAGAGGUGGACGCGGCGAUCCAGCAAGGCCCCUCUCCAGCAGAUGCCAAGGCAGCAGCGCAGGUUUUCGCGACAUGGAGCCUCAAGGCGAAGGACAAGGACAACCGCGCGGUGGCCACGCGGUGCUUCAACGUGAGAAUGGCCGACGAGGACGAGGGCAAGGUGGCGACUAUCAAGUGGGCGUUCGCCACCAACUCGCACCCCGAGCUCCGCGACGCGCUGUUCCUGUUGAGGACCACCGUGGGCCUCCGCGCUGCGGGAAGUCCUCUCGACUUCGAUUCCGCCCCGGGAUCGAAGGCGGCGAAAGAGCUAGAGAAAAUGGUGUUCAAGAAGGGCGGAGGCCAGGGCGAGGGGACCAAGAAGGCCAGGAAGAAGUGA